CCCAGCCACCAGGGCGAAGCUGUGGAGGCAGAAGGGAGCGCAGGGCGCCGGGGGAGCUCGGGGGUGGAGGUGGUGCUUUCCCCGGAUCCCACCGUCCCCGCGCCGCUGUGCCCACACGGUGGGUCGGCGUCUGGCCUCCGCCAGGGUGCUGUGUGUCGGCGGAGGUGGCCUGGAGUUGCCGGGGCUUUCAGGACUCCCAGAUUUUUAUCUGUCCCGCUCGCCCGCGCUUUGUGACGACUGGGAAACGCCUUUUCCUCGGGACGUUUAGUUUUCAACAAUCUUGAGAAACCAUCAUGGAAAGUCCCCACUGUUGUGGUUUGGUUUCAGAAUUGUUGCAUCUGUUUUUUGGAGGGGGGAUGGUGGGGGACGGAGUAUAGGGAAAGAAUGUAUGGGACUAAAUAACCCUUGGUGUCAGGUGUUCAGGGACUUCAUUUGUUGUGUUGUCUUUUCAGUAAAAAAGUUAGGGAGAACGAAAGAAUGAGUUCUUACCUGAAAACCAGACCCAUUUUUCCUCUAAGCUUCAGGGAGAGUGUGUAUUGCAUUCUAAAAGCUCGAGUUUUCACCGAAAGGAUAAAGGAGCGGGAGAUGGCAACGGCUCAGUUUUCUGGACCUCUGUGUGUUAAUCUCAGAAUCCGGGCCUCUAACAUUCACUAUGUAGGCAGUAGCUAUACUGAGAAUAGCAUUUUCUUUCUAGAAAGACUAGUUUUCAAGGAUUAAUAUUUGUUUUUAGUAAUUUGCCAAUAUCUGAAUGUUGUGGCUGAGGAAAAAAAAAAAACAAAACAGAGUGGUGGAUAUAAUUGGGACAAAUUGUGUGUAAAACCAAGACAAACUCUAUUUAAGUAUGGUGAAAACUAGGAACUUGAUGUAGACAACUAUGGUUUGACUUUUUUUGUUUUUCUAUUCUGGUCUAGGACCUACUCUUCUGUUUGUAAAGGUGAACCAAGGGAUAGAAGAAACAAGGAGGUUUUAUGCCUGCUCAGCCUGUAGAGAUAGGAAAGACUGUAGUUUUUUUCAAUGGGAAGAUGAAAAGUUGUCAGAAGCUAGACUUGCUGCCCGAGAAGCUCAUAACCGAAGAUGUCAGCCUCCGCUAACUCGAAUGCAGUGUGUGGAAAGCAUGGUGCGUAGUAUUUGCUGUCUUAUAAGCUUACCAGUAGCCAUCCAAGAUAGAACUAUUGGUGUUUGUUUGUUUGAAACAAAAGAGAAAGAAGGAAACUAAAGAAUCAUGGAAGGAACUGGGCUGUAGAACUAAUUGUCUCCAAGAACCUGGAGACCAGAAGAAGUAGAUGGUGCCUGUCUACCAAUACUGAAUGUUUUUGUUACCGCUAAUUGCGGGUUUGAGCCGCCUGCUGCAAAGCCAAUACCGAGACAGGAGGAGGUACUUGAAGUUUAUCGAGUUACGCUUGUCUCAGAGAAAGUUUUGUCAAAGAUGUCAGCAGUUGUUGUUGCCAGAGGACUGGGCGGAGCAUCGUGAGCAUCAGGUCCUGGGUGAUAUUUCUGUCACCCAGUUAAAAAGGCCCAGUCACCUGCUUUACCCGUUGGAAAAUAAGAAGACAAAUGCCCAGUAUUUGUUUGCUGACAGGAGCUGUCAGUUCUUGGUAGACCUACUGUCUACCCUUGGAUUCAGGAGAGUGCUGUGUGUUGGAACACCGAGGUUGCAUGAGCUGAUCAGGUUGAAAGCAUCAGAUGACAAGGAGUCUAACAUUAAAAGCCUCUUACUGGAUAUUGAUUUUCGGUAUUCACAGUUUUAUAUGGAAGAUAGCUUUUGCCAUUAUAACAUGUUUAACCAUCAUUUCUUUGAUGGAAAGGCUGCCCUUGAAAAAUGCAGAGCAUUUUUACAGGAGGAUGAAGGCAAAGGAGUCAUUAUGGUGACAGAUCCUCCAUUUGGCGGCCUGGUUGAACCUCUGGCUGUUACGUUCAAGAAGUUAAUUGCUCUGUGGAAAGAAGGUCAAAGCCAAGAUGACAGUCGCAAAGAAUUACCCAUUUUCUGGAUUUUCCCCUAUUUUUUUGAAUCUCGAAUUCGUCAGUUUUUUCCAAGCUUUUGCAUGCUGGAUUACCAGGGACCCAAGGGCCCUCAGUGGACUAGUGCAUCCACAUCCAGAGAAGGAGAGUUUCACUGUGGGCAAGAGCUUAAAAUGGUAGAUUAUGAUAAUCAUGUACUUUAUAAACAUGGAAAGACAGGUCGAAAACAGUCUCCUGUGCGAAUUUUCACCAACAUUCCACCUAAUAAGAUAAUCCUUCCUACUGAAGAAGGCUACAGAUUUUGCCCUCUGUGUCAACGAUAUGUUUCUUUAGAGAAUCAACACUGUGAGCACUGUGAUUCUUGUACAUCCAAGGAUGGCAGGAAAUGGAACCAUUGCUUUCUCUGCAAAAAGUGUGUGAAGCCUUCCUGGAUCCACUGUACCGUUUGCAGUUACUGUGCUGCUCCACAUCAUUCCUGUGGCGGUCCUAAAGAUGGCUGCUUCGUCUGUGGUGAAUUAGAUCACAAACGUACCACUUGCCCUAACAUCUCCUCAUCUCAGAGAGCAAACAAUACCUUGUUUUUCAGAGCUGUCAGGAAGCAGAAGCAAAGAAAAAGUAAUAAGAUGGAAUUGGAGACCACUAAAGGACAAUCCAUGAAUCAUACAUCUGUUAGAAGGAAAAAAAAAGAGAAGGGAAAGAGCCCAUCAAUAUCUUUGCUCUUAAAUGUCCAGUGACUUGAGAAUCAGAAAAGAUUUAUAGUCCAACCUUUGAUGACAUUUUCUGAAAGUGCCACACUGGACUUAAAUUCAGCCACUUGCAAAGGUUUGUACCUGGCUAAGCCAGAUACAGUCAGGCAGUAUAUGCUGGUUUAUAGAUGCCUUGUCCACCUCUCUGGAGACCUGGGGAGUUGUUCCAUCCUUAGCUGGCUUACUAGCUCUCUCUGCAUGCCUUCCUUCUCUUUUCCAACCAUACUAUUUUAGCCUCCUUUAUCUGAAAAAUGGACAUACAGCAUUCUUUUGCAGAAGGUGUCAGAAGAAAAUGAAAGUGAAAACUUAAGAAUUUUUGUUUACAUUGAAUAUAAAACUCUGUUAACUUAGAAAUGGAAAUAUUUGAAGUUAAAUAUUAAAACAGUAUGAGAUGGUUUAAACUCCACUUGAAAAGAAACGUACAAUGUACAAUUAUUUUUAGGCUGCAUCUGAAGAUGGAAAUAGUUUUGACAAAGGCACUCUGAAGAUAUAAAUAUUAUAAUUAUGAUGACAUUACUAUUAAAUAUUUACUUGUAAAGUACAUUUUAUAGUUGUCCUUCAAUGUACAGAAUCACUUGUCUUUGUUGAAUGAAUGAGACAUUUAGAAUCAAC